AUGGAAAACGUUGUGAUCUUCUAUGACGCAAUCGACGAAGCGACCGGAAAACGAUAUCUUGGCCGCUUUCGCAAAUAUUCGGAAGAUCAUGGCACGAAAAAGCAAAAAGCAGAUGAUGUCGUUACGUUUGUAUUUGAAAGAUUCGAAGCGCCUCGUGAAAAUCGUCUUCCCAUCCACGACAUCGAUCUCAAACGCUUGGCUCUAUAG